UGUAGGUAGAAAAGUGAAAGUAGAAGUGGCAUUGUCGAAAAUUAGUGAGUCAACUUACUUAUGUCAUUAAAAAGUAUUCGUACAAACCUCUUACUAACAAGUUAAGAUGGACAUCAUCCACAAAGAUAGUUUGUUCAUGAUGAAAAUAUCAUGAGUGAUGAAGUUCAGGAGUUAUUGAUAUCAAGAUGUCGGGGAGUUCACCUAUACCUCCUCCACCUCCUUUACUUCCAUCGACAUCUUCGACUCCACCAAAACUAACAAGACAAUCAACAUAUGUCACACAGACCUGUGAUCAAGAAGAUAUUAGAAAAUCAUUUCAUGAAAGACUGGAGAAAAAUGUGUUAAAAAGGGAUGGAAAGAAAAUUGUUGUUUCCAUGAACAAAGAAGUUACCCCAGUCUUACAAGAUGGUCCAAGUUGUGGUUUAGUAGCUGUGGUGAUGGCAGCACAGUUAUUUGAUACUAAUUUGACAUUUGAUUGUAUAUUUAAUGCAGCUAAGGAAAAGGGAUUCACACGACAGGGAGAGAUGUUCUCAGCAAGCAACAUGAAACAGUUGGUGGAGGACAUGAUUUCUGACAUUACAGUUACUUCCCUUGAUAUGGAUACUGGUCCAGAAUUCCUGAUCAGUCAUUUGGUAAAAGGAGAUGUAUGUCUUAUACCUUAUGAUUCAGAUUUUAAUUUUGAACCCUGUAAUAAAAAGGGACAUAAAGCGCACUGGGCUUUACUCACAGGUUUUGGUUUAGUCCUUGAUAGCUGUGUAAUUGACAAGAAAGGUCUAACAGUAGAUGAUGGCUGUGUGGUCAAUGUUGCAUCAGAUACUAUUCUAUCUAAUAAUCUGAUGGAUGAUGCUGAUGAUAUUUUGGUAUAUGGACUACAAGGAAAAAGUCAAUACCCUGGAGUUUGGUCUCUGUCUAGUAUAAUAGCCAGUAAUAAGAACCUUGUAGAAGUAGACCCAAACAAACAGGAUGAUGAUAAAGGAUACAUAUUGCCUGAAGAGGGUAUAGAUAAGGCAUUAUGUAGCAGAGCUCUAGUUCUAUCCAGAGGGAUUAUGAACCCACAAUAAUGGACAUUUACUUUAAAUUAUUCAUUAGAUUUAUAUAUUGGAUUUUGACACUGCCAGAUGCAACAGAAAGUGCUCAGUAUUUUAUAAAUUUGAAUAAAUUAUGGAAACGUGACAAUUAAUUUAUUUAAAAUGGGUCAAGUGCAGCAUUAUUUAAAACUUCUAUUUGAUGUAUUAUAACCAAUUGUUUUAUGCAUUUGCAAGUGUUUUAAAAAAAAAUAAUUCAUACUGAAUUGUUAUUGAACUGAUACAGAAUGUUAUAACUUUAACAAAGUUUUCUUUUUACAUAAUAUUAUUAAUAAAAAGCAAAUCACCUUUGAAA